GAACUCCUGCUAAUUGGAUCACGGCGGUUCUGACUGUACCUCCCUCCGUCUGCAUGCAGUACCGCGGAUGGCCUGUGGGGGCGGCAGAGGCGAACCAGCGACCCUCCUCGCCGAUCGAUGAGCCUCACGCGCCUCGCAGGCGGAUCGCUGGUACUGGCCGGGUUCGGGGUCCUGCGCGUGUAUACUGACUCGGUAUCGUGGCCGGUUCUGUGUAUCUGAUCGUUCUCGGUUCGGAUGUUUGUUCCGGAACUUUCUGACUCAUCUGGGUUUUAGUUAGCUGUUAGCAUCCUCGACUUGCAGGGCAUCGAUCCUCCUGAGUCGGAACCUUUGACCCGGAGCUUCACUGCGGGGUCACAUCCAGGUGAACUGCUUGGUUCCGUCUCAGACCCGCUGCGCAGGCCCGGUCCGGUUGGCCGGUUGAGUUUUGGCAGGCAGCAGCUAAGCUAGGAGGCUACGAGCCAGAGGAGUUAGCAGUGUGCGGUCCGCUCGAGCUCUCCCGGUCCCGCUGGUUCCGGUGAUGCUGGAAAGAAACCUGGAGAAUCCGGGGAAAAGGAGGGGCCGAACCCCGGCGGCCAGCAGCGGCAGCGGUCACGGACCAGCCGCGAGCGCAGGCGGGAAGAGCCUGUCCGGUAAUGGAACCAGCACCAACAGCUGCUGGGAAGAAGGAAGUUCAGGCUCCAGCAGCGACGAGGAGCAUGGUGGAGGAGGGAUGCGGGUCGGACCGCAGUACCAGGCGGUGGUUCCGGACUUUGACCCGGAGGUGGCAAAGGCGGCUCAGGUCCGAGAGAACCUGGGGAUGCUGGUUUGGAUCCCGAGCAGCGUCCUGAACCAGACCCAGUUGGACGAGUACAUCGCCAUCGCCAAGGAGAAGCACGGAUACAACAUGGAGCAGGCUCUGGGGAUGCUCUUCUGGCACAAACACAACAUCGAGAAGUCGCUGGCCGAUCUUCCCAACUUCACUCCGUUUCCGGACGAGUGGACCGUGGAGGACCGGGUCUUGUUCGAGCAAGCCUUCAGCUUCCACGGGAAGAGCUUCCACCGGAUCCAGCAGAUGCUUCCUGACAAAUCCAUGGCCAGCCUGGUUCGGUUCUACUACUCCUGGAAGAAGAGUCGCAGUAAAACCAGCCUGAUGGACCGACAGAACCGCAAACAGAAGAGGGAGAGAGGAGACAGCGAUGAAGAAGGCGAGGAGGGAAACGGAAACCCCACCAGCGACCUGGAGUUUGACUCAAACAAAGAUGAAAAGAAGGAGGUCAGCUCCUCAUCGGAGGGGUCGGAGGUGAAACCUGCUACUGGGCUUAAGAUCGGAGGGAAGGCAUCCCAGAGGAUGAAGAAGCGCCCCCCCAGAGGGAUGUUCCUGAGCCACCAGGACGUUCUCUCCCUGUCGUCCUCAUCUCCUCAGGGCCUCAUCCGGCAGCUGGACUCUCAGGUGGUCUCCAUCAAGAGACAGAUCCAGAGCAUCAAGCAGACCAACAGCACUCUGAAGGAGAAGCUCGGCUCAGGAGUGGAGGAGUUCAAGCAGGCCGAGAGCACUCAGAAGUUCAACAACCGCUGGACCACAGAGGAGCAGCUUCUCGCUGUUCAAGCGAUCAGGAAGUAUGGGCGGGACUUCCAGGCCAUCUCAGAUGUUAUCGGCAACAAGUCGGUGGUCCAAGUGAAGAACUUCCUGGUGAACUACAGACGGAGGUUCAACCUGGAUGAGGUCCUGCAGGAGUGGGAGGCCGAGCAUGGCAUGGAGGCGGGAGACGGCGGAGGAGAGGAGGACAAGAUAGAGGCGUGUGCUGUGGAGGAGGAGGAGGAGCCAGCCUGCAAGCAGAAGAAAGAGGUGAAACAUCAACUACAUAACCCAGAGUUCUCAGUGGGACGGUGGUAUAGAAGCUCCGCCCACAGACCUGUCAGCUGACGCUUGUUUGAAUGUUUUAUUAUCCUGCAGGAUUUAUCAUCUCCAGCAGACCCUGAGAAGCCGUUAGCUUCCUGAAGCCACACCUCCUGGCCCUGCCCCUGAUGCCUGACUCCGCCCCCAGGAGUUCCUGUUUUAUUGUUAUUUUAUUGUGUUUGUUGUUUUUUUUUUUCUCCUGAGUUUCUUAGUUCUUCUGUUGCUCAGGUUUGAGGUUUGUGUCAUGAACUGUGUCACCUUCUCUGGACCAAUCAGAACUUGCCUGUCGAUCAAUGAGGGAGAACCUUUUAUUCUUUUCCUACCUUUAUUCUGAAAUCUUGUUUGCUUUUAAACCUUUAACUUCCUGUUUGCAUUUCUUUGGGCUUUAAUCUGUAGAAAUGAAGCAGCCAUAAUGGAUAAUGUCACUCAGGUGAGGGCAUGUCUGAUGAUGUCAUCCUGUUUUUAAGGAUUUUAGUCUUUUUAGCAGAAAUACAAUAAAACCAAAGUUCAAUAAUAAU